CUAUGCUGGGGAGCGUCUGACUCUGACGCCACCAUGGGACUCAUCACGUCCAACUUUAAAGAGUUGCUGCAAUAAACCCAGACUUGUUUUCUUUAUUUUUUGUAUUUUUAUUUUUUCAAGGGAACUCACGCACCGUGUCUUCUCUCACGCAGGAUGUAAUGAGCGACGAGACUUGGUAAGAAGUCUCCGAUGAGAGCCACCUCCUUUCCGCCACGACACACACAAAGAGAAGCAGGCGGCAAGUUCUUUCACCUCCCCCGCCCCGCCGCCACCGCGCACCCACGCCGGCGUCGUCCUGGAUGUCAUAGCGGGGCCGUGAAAGCCACCAUGGAUCACUUUGCAGCGGAGUGCCUUGUCUCCAUGUCCAGCCGCGCGGUCGUCCACAGCCGCGAGGCGAAGCCGGAGAGCCCCUCGCCGGAGGAGCCGCCGGUGAAGGACAACUCGUCCCUGUACGUGGUGGCCAGGAUCCUGGCGGAUUUUAACCAGCAGACCCCCGGCGGCGGCGGCGGCGAGCAGCCGAGGGGCAAGGCGGAGAGCGCGGCCAGCCAGAGGGAGGAUGGCGGCCGCGCCACACCUACCGCCGCCCCGCAGCCCUCGCUUUGUUUCCCGGACCCCACGCUCAGACAAAGGGGCAAGAGGUCGCGGGGACGCCAAGAGCCGCCGGAGUCCCCGCAGAAGAAGCACAAAUGUCACUACACGGGCUGCGAGAAAGUUUACGGCAAAUCCUCGCACCUGAAAGCGCACCUGAGGACGCACACAGGAGAGCGUCCCUUCCCGUGUACUUGGCCCGACUGCAGUAAGAAGUUCGCCCGCUCCGACGAGCUGGCCCGCCACUACCGCACCCACACGGGCGAGAAGAAGUUCGGCUGCCCGCUCUGCGACAAGCGCUUCAUGCGCAGCGACCACCUGAUGAAGCACGCCCGCCGCCACUCCAACUUCCAACCGGGCAUGCUCAAGAGGCCCCUCGGCGCCGUCGGCGUGGGCGUGGGCGCCCCCCGUCCCGGCUCCCUCAGCGACUACAGCCGCUCGGAUGCCUCCAGCCCCACCCUCAGCCCCACCCUCAGCCCCGCCCUCAGCCCCGCCCUCAGCCCCGCCAACUCGCCUUAAACUGAACACACACACACACAAAAAAAAAAAGGAAUCGCACUUUCUGCCUCCAAUGCGGCGAGGUUUUUUUUUUUUUUUGGACUCUUAGUAACACUCGUGUUGCACACUUCUGUCAGCGGCGACCCCCCCAAUCCCCCCACCCCCCACGCCCCCCUGCUCGUCCCGCGCUUGCUGUGGUGUACAGGUGGUGUACAGGACUGCUUCUUGUCGUGUCGUCCUAUCACAAGGUCAUGGCAAUAUUUACAUCCUCCACCAUACGGUACGGUAUGUUUGGACACACCUUCUUCUUCUUCAUGUUCAUGACUAUUUACAUUGUAGAUUGUCACACCAAAACUACGAAUGAACACAUGAGGAGUUAUGUACUUAACAAAACAAAUAACUGAAAACAUGUUUUGUAUUCUAGUUUCUUCAAAAUAGCCACCAUUUGCUCUGAUUACUUUGCACACCCUUGGCGUUCUCUCCACGAGCUUCAAUAGGUAGUCACCCGAAAUGGUUUUCACUUCACGGGUGUGCUUGAAGCUCAUCGAAAAUAUUCUAGUUUCUUCAAAAUAGCCACCCUUGUUCACAUAAGCCACGGUUGUUAGCAUAAGAUUGGCAAUAAAAGUUAAAAAAAAAAGCAUCUGACUUUGUGUGACUUCUUCCGGAGGCUACAAUACAUGAUAUUACUUUUAUUGGAGCCCCCCGCGACACCCAACGGGACAAGCGGUAGAAAAUGGAAAGAUGGAUGGACGUUUUGACAUUAAAAAAAAAAAACAUAAUUUCUAAAGUGCGGCGGCUGUAGCUUCAAGCCUGUGAAGUGAAAACUAUUUUAGGUGACUACCUCUUGAAGCUCAUGGAGAGAAUGCCAAGAGUGUGCAAAGCACGAAAACGAUUCCGAUUCCUCAUUCGGUUCCAGUUCCCAAUGUUUCUCCAUUUGGAUUUUUUAUAAGGCAGGGUCAAAAAGAAAUUACUCAUUGGGCUAUUUACAACCACUUUUAAAUUUGCAUAUACAUAUAUUAUGAAGUUUUUUUUCCGCAUGAGUACACUUUUACAAAAGUUAAAAUUUUAUUUUUGUAAACCACAUUAAAAAAACAUCAAGCGGUAGUCACCUGAAAUGGUUUUCACUUCACAGGUGUGCUUGAAGAUCAUGGAGAGAAUUCUAGUUUCUUCAAAAUAGCAUAAGAUUGGCAAUAAAAGUUAAAAAAUCGCAUCUGACUUUGUUUGACUUCUUCCGGAGGUUACAAUUUAUGAUAUUACUUUUAUUUGUUUUGACAUAAAAAAAACCCAACUUAUUUCUAAGUUGACUUUGUGUGGCUUCUUCUGGAGGCUACAAUACAUGAUAUUACUUUUAUUUAUUUUGACAUAACAAAAAACUUAUUUCUAAGGUGUGGCGGCUAUAGCUUCAAGCACACCUGAUUCCGAUUCCUCAUUUGGUUCCAGUUCCCAAUGUUUCUCCAUUUGGAUUUUCUAUAAGGCAGAGUCAAAAAGACAUUUCUCAUGGGACUAUUUGUAUGAAGUUUUUUUCCCGCAUGAAUAAACUUUUACAAAACUUAAAUUUUAUUUUUGGAAACCACAUUAAAAAAAAACAACAACAAGAGGUAGUCACCUGAUGGUUUAAGUCACAGGUGUGCUUGAAGCUCAUCGAGAAAAUUCUAGUUUCUUUCAAAAUAGCCAUAAGAUUGGCAAGAAAAGUUAAAAAAUAGCAUCUGACUUUGUGUGACUUCUUCCAGAAGCUACAAUACAAAGCAAAGG